AUGCUUUCAUUCUUGAGAUCGUCUGGGCCAGCCCGCACUCAAAAUGCCCAAAACAACCCAAUUCUCUACGAAGGCGGCAAGUCUUCCGUCACCUUCUCGGGACCCGGCUCAAAAUACAUCAUGACCCAUCGGAUCCCACCAACAGACGAAGAAAACGGCGUUUCAAUCAUCGCGCCUCCUAUCCAUUAUCACAUCUACCAAGAUGAAUUCUUCCGCGUCCAGUCCGGUAAAGGGAACUUCUACCGCGGCCUUGACCCAAAGCCCUUUGCCGUCCUGUCCGACGACCCAGAUGGUCAAGCUACAGCCUCGGUGAAGGCUGGAUACUUUCACCGCUUCGAAAAUGCGACUGAGGAUAGAGACCUGGUAGUGGAUAUUCACCUGACUCCAGAAUCAUAUGAAAACGAACAGCAGUUCUUCAGAAACUUCUUCGGUUACUUGGAUGACUGUAAAGCGUCGGGUAGUGCACCUAGCAUCUUUCAGCUCCUCGUCUUUCUUCACAGCGCCGAUACUCCGUUGGUAAUUCCGAUUCCUUGGGAAUUUCUGGGUCGCGUGGUCAGUCGGAUCUUGCUUACAACUGCCGCCUACUGGGGAAGAUUUGUGCUGGGUUACAAGCAGACGUAUCCGGAAUACUAUGAUGCAAAGAAGUCGAUAUAA